AUGGCGGCGCAAUCAUCCUCGAGUUCUCGCCCUCACUUUACCAACCCAUGGAAGGAAGCACCAUCCACGGCUGUGGAGCCUUCCAAUCAAACUCCCGAUGGCCGCAUCGCGCAUACAUUGACUGCUUGCACCCGGUGCAGACAACGGAAAUCCAGGUGCGACCCAGGGAUACCGAGAUGCGCGCCAUGCGAGCGCAGCAAUGCGAAGUGCGUAUAUUACGAUUCGGCCCGUAAAUGCACCAUAUCGAGGACCUACAUUGUAUCGCUUCGCGAAAAGGCUCGCAGGCUUGAGAAUGAACUUGCUGAGCUUGAAAAAGAGUUCAAGCAUGCUGCAGAUGCCGAACUCAUGGUGCGGGGAGCCGGUCGCAUCAGGUUCAAGGAGAAUGACGAGUCGAGAUACCUGGGGCCAUCUAGUGGCAUCGCCAUGACGCGAUUGGUCAUGGAGAUGGCCAAGCAAAAUACAGACUCGAAGAGCAUCAAGGAUGUCGUUCCCGAAUUGACCGCACAGGAGAUCAAGCAUGCUUUCGCAGCCGAGAGCUCCAAGCCGACCUCUAAAGUUUAUCCCAUGAUUAGCUCAGCACCUCAAACCAAACUACCCCCCAAGCACAGAACCUACCGUUUGAUUGAUGUCUUUUCUGUGAAGGCACAAGCUAUGCUACCCACGCUACACGAACCAACAUUCCGUAAAGACGUUGAAGAGGUUUUCAAUGGGUCUGACGACCCUUGUCAGAAUUUCCAAUUACGAAUAGUGAUAGCGAUUAGCAUGCAAAAAAUGAGCCCGGUUUAUGCUGGGUUAGCGGACAGUUAUUAUCUUGCUGCGCUGCCAUACCUCGAGGCAUCGCUCAGACGGAGGGAUCUCCGUUCCUUGCAAUGUCUGGCGCUAAUAGCACAGUACUCUAUGUUGACACCCACGAGGACCGCCGCUUACUGGGUUGUUGGAAUGGCCGUGAAGCUAUGUCAAGACCUUGGACUUACCGAUGAAGCGACUAUCACGAGGUCGUCGGAUGGCAAGCUCCUGGAUCCCUUGGAAAUAGACAUGCGAAGGAGGCUGUUUUGGAUCGUCAUAUCAAUGGAGUAUGGUCUCUCGCAUAGUCUAGGACGACCCAACUGUUACUCCGUCUGCCACGAUCAUAUCAACGUCAAAUUCUUCGAACCGGUAGAAGAUCACAAUAUCACGCGCGAAGGAAUAAGACCAGGGGCCAGAAUCAUCUUACCCAAGUGUAUAGCAAUACACUUUUUCAAGAUGCGACUUCUUCAGGCGGAGAUCCGACGCAUUCUAUAUCUCAACAAGCGCGACACACCGAACAACGACCAAGAUCCAUGGUUCACGCAGAUGAUCAGGAAGAUCGAUGACUGGGUAGCAACCUGCCCCAAGAACGAUGGAGGCAGCGGUCUCAGUGAGAAAUGGUUCCAUGGUCGUCGGAACACAAUGAUUGUGUUCCUCUAUCGCCCAUCACCUCAAGUACCCGAGCCUUCAGUUGACGCUGCGCGCAAAUGCUACGAAGCGUCCGUUUUCAAUGUCGCCAUGCACAAGGAGCAGGUCGCUACCGGCUCUGUUGAUUUGACAUGGAUCUUUACCCAGUCGCUUUUUAUGGCCUUAAACACCAUACUCUGGUCCCUUUCCUACCCGGAUAUCCGGAGAGAACACCCGAUCGACGAAGUGAAAGGCCACCUCAACGUAGCAUUGGAAGUCAUCGUACAUGCAGCGAAGCGGUGGCCAGGAGUCGAAUCCGCAUUGGUCUUAUACAAGAGCUUGGUGGCAGCUUGCCUUCGAGCCUACGCAACUCAAGAAUCUUUCGUGGUACACUCGCCGUCCAACCAUGCGACCCCAUCCUCACAAGAAGUUGCGACACCACCGUCUGUUGCAAGUCCGGCAAGCACCUCCACGUCCCUCCUUUCACACAAUCUUCGAGCCGGCAACUCGUCCAUUCCCGACACGAGUACUUCUCCUGGUACAUAUUCUCGGGGCCCUUCGGCAGACCCAUCCUUCCCUUAUCCCCACGUGCCAUCCACUGGAUCGUCCUCGAUCAUGCCGAUUGUGGAGCCAAUGAAAGCAACCCACAUAUCGUCUUGGGAUAGCCAGUUUACUCCCUCCCUUGUCUCAUCCUCCUCACAGGCCUCCUUCAGCCCGCUUUCAUACAGAACUGCCUCAUAUGCAGAUAUGACAUUCGACCCAUCGACUCCCUACAACCAUAUGCCAUCUAUUGUCCCUGGCCUGCCCGGAUGGGAUCCCAGCUUCAGCAUGGCGUCCACAAGUGCAGGUCAUCUGGCUUAUGUCGAUGCCACUGUGGAUCCGAUGAACUGGACUGACACGAUCGGCGAUCAAUACUCCCAGUAUUUCAACGGGGCGUACCCUGUCCCCUCCUGGCGAGAACGAACGCUCAGCCACCAGGAGCAAUUAGAACUCAUGGAGACGCUAGAGGAUAAUAUCCCAGAUGUCUCUGCUCAACGACUGGUUCAGGCGUCAGCCACAUUUUACCAGUCGUAAUGUACGGGGUUCGUUUUGUUCCCAGGAAUGGCUAUGUUUUCCCUUCGCGUAGCCAUAGGCCUGGAUAAUUGUGGGGUGUGGGAAUUCAUUGUUUAAUGUGGUUGCUAUUUUUGCGUGGCAUUUCUUCUUGUCUUUGUCUGUCAUUCAAUAUACCCAUGGGAAGCCAAUGGGCUUCGUCUCUGGUGUUUGGAGCAACGCUUUUGCCAGCACUAUUUCAGGAAACAAAAGAUUCUUCUUCAUGUUGAAAUUUGGCAUUGUUCUAGGCUGGUUGCACUGUGGAGAUGCACGGUGGCGGUUCUUCUGUGUCUAGCGAACUAAAAUGCGGAGGCACUUGUUUGUAAUAAAUGACCCUCACUGAUCAAAGAACGGUUUCCUGAAG